AUAGUACUCUAUCAGUACUUCAAUUUACUAGUCGAUAGUAUCAAUACAGCAGUAAUUCGCGGUGGAAAGCCAAAGAAUGAACUAGUCGAUUGCAACCUCAUGAUUGCCACUGCCAUGUCACUUGGACAACAAUCCAAAGUCUGCGGCACUAAAAAGGCCCACAGCUCGUGUGGCCACCCAAAGAGUGGGACAACAGGACAACACCCGAGUCUAAGGAGCACCCUAGGGGCUAUUUUUGGCCGACAAUGGAUCCCCCCAGAUUUUCACUCUUCAGAGACCCUUCCACUAAGACCCAACGUGCGAGGAUAACAUUCAAUUAGGGCCAACCGUCAUCUGACUGAUCACAAACACCAAUCCCAAUGGUGCAGCAGGAGAGAAGCUCACUGUAACCCUUCAAGUUCUCCCUUACAGCAACCCCCAACGAAUAAUGGCAGGCAAAGUGGUGGAUGAAACCACCAGUAACUUUCGAGACUAGACCAAAGUUGUCGGUUUUUCGAUCUGGUCGGCCUAUAAACUUGGAACUGUCGGCCGGCUAUCUCCAGGGUCGCUCGAUUUGACUGGUCCGUCAGGGCCAUAGCCGAAGCUGUCGUGAAACCCAACGAAUCAGAUCAUUCCAUUGACGAGAAAAAGAGUAUCCGAGUUUCAAUCAUACGGCAACAACCCUGAUACUAAAUUACUUCUUCUUGGGUUUGUCCCCCUGUUGUUUUGCAAAAAUAAAAAAGAAAAUGGAAAUUGAAA